CAAGCAGAAGAAAGUUGAUGUUUCGCAGUCUGGAGGAUAGCUGCAGGAGGAUGGGAACUGGGGAUUAUGUGUGCGUAAUACUGCGCGGUGGCGCGCCAUGGGGAUUCAGACUGCGCCAGAGCACGCAAGAACCGCAACAUCUUCUUCAGGUGUUUGAGGUAGAGGAUGACAGCUGUGCUGCCGUGGCUGGAUUGUGUGAGAAUGAUGAGCUAUUGUCAGUGAAUGGGAAACUUUGCUCUAACCUCAGUCUCUCAGAGGCUAUUGAUCUCAUUGAGGCGUCAGCUGACUGUCUACAGCUGCUUGUCAAAAGAUGCUGUACCCAACCUCCAAAGUCUCUUAAAUCACAUAGUACCACUUUACGGAUCCCAUCUCCAUCCAGACCUCGUGUCCCACACGAUGAUCUCUACAUCUCUGAAUCCCAGGAUGAAGCAUAUUAUGGGGAAACAGACAGUGAUGCAGAGUGUCCCGGAGGGAUUGGAUUGGUCCGGACCCAAGUUCAAAUCCCCCCUUCUAGGAGUAAAGCUAAAAACAGUUAUGCCCAGCGCGGUGAAGACACCAGGAUAGAGGUAACCCCAGGAUCUGUGGUCGAAUUGCAACUCACCCUCUCCCAGACCACCCUAGAAGAGCCACAAUAUACUUCACUGGGCAGUGCUUGUGGAGUUGUGGGAGACAUACAUCCUAUAAAGACAAGCGAGACCACCACUACAUUUGCUACAGGUUGCCCCCUCUACGUACGCAGACAAGACCGGCAACCUCUUGGUCAGCGGGGCGUGUUGGUUAAUAAACCCACUGCUUUGCAGAGACAGGUUGAGGUGACUGUACAGCACUUACGUGACAGCAGAUCAGAAGAGGAGGGGGCAGAAACAAGUGAACGGUUGGAUUCUGCCGGAGAGGGAGGGCACAUUGAAGAAGUUCCCACCUCCUCCUCUGUGUCUUUUGGACUUCCUUCAGAGGAGUGGGACUCUGAAUCGGAGAGGGAGGUCAACAAGCCAAACAAGCACAGGGCAAGGCACGCCAGGCUCCGGCGUAGUGAAAGCCUUUCAGAGAAGCAGGUGAAGGAGGCCAAGUCUAAAUGUAAGCGUAUUGCUCUACUACUAACCGCUCCUGCCCCCAACCCCAAUAACAAGGGGGUGUUGAUGUUCAAGAAGCAUAGACAAAGGGCCAAGAAGUAUACACUUGUAAGCUACGGUACCGGUGAGGACGAACCAGAUUACGAGGACGGCAGUGAAGAAGACGAGGAGGCGCACGCUGUUGAGAUCACAGUUCUAGCCACUGGUGAAACAGAAGUUGAUGAGGAUUUUUUUACCAAUGCCUCAGGCCAGAAAAGCAUUGUAACUUUUGACUGGAAGACUGGAUUACUUGAGAUAGAGCGCAAACUUGACAACAAGCAAAAUAUGGAAGCACUACCUGAGACCAAGGGUAAAGGAGCCCUCAUGUUUGCUCAACGCAAACAACGCAUGGAUGAGAUAGUAGCUGAGCAUGAAGAAUUGAGACGUAAGGGGAUCCCUGUUGAGGGGCAGCCGGAGCCUGAGACCCAUCAAACGUACCAACAUGUGGAGCAGCACACUUAUAUGCAGCCACAAGAGAACCAAAAUUAUAUGGAUGUGAAUCUUCACCAUGGCAUUUCAACUCAAAAGCAGCAGCAGGAGCAGUAUCACCAAUACCAGGAACAGUAUUAUCAACAGCAGCAGCAGCAGCAGCAGCAGUAUCAAGAGUAUCAGCAGCAGCUACAAUACCAACAACAGUAUCAACAACAGCAACAAUAUCAACAAGACUGUCAGCAACAAAAACUGUAUGAACAAUCAUACAAUCAGCAACAACACCUCCAGCAGCAACAGUAUUCACAUCAUAUGAAUGGCAUGUUUGAGCAGCAAAUGAACGAAAUGCAGGUAUCAGUUACAAACAGGAGUGCCAAGCCAUUUUCAGUUCAAAACAGAGCGGCCGCUCCAUUUUCCCCCUCCACAAGUGCAGAUUAUCAAGAACAGUCUGGGUAUUCACUGGGACAAGGGGAACAGAUUGCAUCCCGUGAUGAGCGUAUAUCUGUGCCUGCGAUCAAGACUGGAAUCUUACAAGAUACAAGGAGGAGGAAUGCCAAUAAACCUAUGUUCACUUUUAAAGAGUCUCCCAAGGUUUCCCCUAAUCCUGAGCUGUUGAAUCUCCUUAACAAGAGUAACAAAAAGACAGGUUUGGAAACAGAGGAAGAUUAUUUAAGUUUAGGAGCUGAAGCCUGCAACUUUCUGCAGUCUCCUAAGGUAAAACAAAAAACUCCACCACCGGUUGCCCCUAAACCUCACAUAGACCCAGCUUCUCCCCCUUGGUCUGCUCCACCUGAAACUACCGAUCAACCGAUUCCACAGCAAACUGAAAAUGGUGUCUCAGCACCUGCACUAGCUCCAACCAUGGGAGCUCAUGUUACUUCUGUCCCUGCCCCUGAAAUGCAGGCUCCAACAGUGUCUGCGGAACCAAGGAUAGCUCCUGAGUCCCAGGAUGUUUCACACUGUACAGAACAACUAGCUUCAGGUAAUACGUGGAAGCGACCAGAAUCUCCAACAGAACCAACCAAGCAACCAGAGACUUGGAAUAAGGCACAACUCCAGCAGCAAAAUUAUUCUGCUCAACUUGUCGCACCACCUCCCAUGCAGUCAGAUCCAUCUGUGAAGUCAUGGGAUCCAGCUCUAAUCCAAGGUCAUCAGCAGCCUCCAGUAAGUACCUGGGGUCCAAAUGAGGUCCAGCUGCAACGUCAAUCUCAAAACCAGUCUGAAGAACACUCACAAUGGAUAGCACAGUCUCAAAGUCAAUCAGAAGUUCAACUGCAAGCAACUACUGUAACUCAGUCUCAGCCUUCUUGGGUAACACAGACUCAGAGUCCAAUCCAAACCGAACAUCAGGCACCACCUCAAACACAGCCUCAAAUUAAUUCUUGGGCUUCGGGUCCAAAUCAGUCAACACCCCAACCCACAUGGUCUCAGCAGCAUGUAUCGGCACAACCUUCUUCUAGUGUUUGGCAGCAAAAUCCAGGUCAGGAGCAGCCACAGCCACUUUGGGCCCAACAACAGCAAUUCCAAGAGUCUCAACAAACUGUAGAAUCUUCUUGGGCAUCACCUCCCCAGCAACAACCUACUUGGACCCAAAGUCAAAUUCAACCUCAGCCCCAACCAUCCUGGGUCUCCCAAGCCAAACCACAAAUGCCAACACAGCCACCUGAAACUGCAUGGACCCAACCACAAAGUUCUGUUCAAGCACAGCCUACAUGGUCUCAACAGAAUCAACCACCACCUCAACCCACAGCAUUAAUGCAGCAUCCCACCCAUUCUUGGGAACCAGUGCCAGCCCAGUCCCAGCCACAAUGGGCACAAAAACCUGCUUCUCCACAACAUCCUCAACAAAUAAUUCAGUCUUGGACACCUGAGCAGAAUCAAAUUCAGGCACCCUGGGGUAAGCCACAGCCACCAGUUCCACCUCAAGUGCAGGCUCCAUGGCCACAGAAACCUCAGCAACAAGCAUCACAGCCAUCUGUUACCCAGUGGACCCCACCAUCUCAGUCUCAACCUCCUGUAAAUACUUGGUCAACCCAACAUCAACAACGUUCCACAAGCAUGGCUCAAACUGAAACCCAAAAGUUGCCUUCCCAACCAACCAAGCCAUGGAGUCCACCUCAGAACACCCAGCCCCCUCCUCUACGCCGAAUGCACAGUGGGACUCCACCAAGUAGUGCUCUGUCACCCUCUGGUUAUGGUUCGGCUUUCGAGAUGCCAGCCUUGCGAGGCAAAGGAGCUGAACUUUUCGCCAAGCGGCAAUCUAGAAUGGAGAAGUACAUUGUGGAUUCUACCACAGUACAGUCAAAUAAGGCAAGACCAUCUUCACCUUCUCCUUCUUUGCCAAGCUCAUGGAAAUAUUCAACUAAUUGCAGGGCCCCCCCUCCUUUGGCAUAUAAUCCAAUUCAUUCACCAUCAUAUCCGCCAGGUGCUGUCAAGCAGACUCCUUCCUCCAGCACAAACAAGAACAAAAGCAAACAGGGUCAAAAACCUGCCAAAAAACCACUUCCUGUGCUUGAUGUCAUGAAGCAUCAGCCCUAUCAGUUGAAGUCCUCCCUUUUUAUCUAUGGUCCAGCAGCAGAGAAACUUGCUGCAGAAAAGGAGGCAGCUGAAAAGCUUACUGAUCACAAAGCAGAUGAAGUCCAGGCCCAGGCCCAAGCAUUAGGUCCUCCAAAUCAGAGCCAGCAAAUUGCAUAUAGUCCUCCACCUUAUGGUUUUAUGCCACAACAGGCCCAGCAACCUUAUGGGAUGGCUGGUCAGUCAUCCCCUAUGUCCAAUGUGCCUUACCACCAAGUGCCUCCUAAUACAUAUCAGCCUGUCCCUAGUAAUUAUCAACAACAACAAGAAUACAACCCCCAACAAGUAUACCAACAACCUUUAAAUCCUUACCAUCAAGCUCCAAGUCCUCCCUACCGACAGCCCUCUCCACCUUCCUAUCAGGCAGGUCCUAAUCCAGCAUAUCAAGCUGGCCCGGCACUGUCUUACCAACCAGCCCCUAGCUCACAUAUUGCCGCAGCUUUCCCGGUAGCAGCAAGAGCCGACUCUGCCUCAGGAGGCAGUGUUGCUUCUGCUCCAAAGCCCAAAUUUUUAGCUAAAAAGAGUGCUGCCCAAGUGUGGAAGCCAAGCACUGCUGAAAAUGCUGAAAAUUAGUCAUGUUACUGUGAUGCUUGUUAUUCCAGUGUUAUAAUAAAAUAUCAAGGAUAGGAUAUAAAUACAAUAUGCAACAGAUGCAUAACACUACCAGAACCAGCUGUUUAAGAUCUAGAUAAGUAAGAAAUUAACAAGGUAGGCAUCAAUAUUUCUGACAUGACAUGGUGUUUAUAAAAUAAUAUUUAUCUUUUAGGGCUACUACAGGUAAGACGCUCUUGUUAUUAUUUAGCUGAAAUUACUAAAGUUGUAUAUGUAGUUAUUUGUUUGUUAGACAUGGUCAAAGAGAAUCAGUGUUGAUUGAGUUGAUGAUAGAAGAAAGACAUGAAAGCUUAAAAAGAGGUAAAAAGAGAAAGGUAGACCUAAUGGUUAUAUAUUGAGGGCCACUGAGUAUUUGACAUAUUUAUAUGUAUACAUUUAUUGUUAAAAUGUGACAAUGCUUAACAUGCUCAAAAAUGAUUGGGUUCUUUAAUAUUUUAUAUUUUUUAAUUAUUUUACCAGAUUAUAUAAUAAUAAUAAUAAUAAUACCUCAGUGGACAGACAGAAAUGAAUGAACAGUCAAAUAACGGGAUAGUUCACCCAAAAUUGGAAAUUCUGUCAUCAUUUACUCACCCGCAAGUUGUUUUAAACCUGUGUACAUUUCUUUGUUCUGCUCAUCAAUACAAAGAUAUUUUAAAGAAUAUUUGUAACCAACAAGAUCUAGGGCACUAUUAACUUCCAUAGUAGGAAAAACAAUACUGUGGAAGUGAAAUUUAUACAGGUUUGAAACAACUUGAGGGUGAGUAAAUGAUAACAAAAUUUUCAUUAUUCUGUGAACUAUCCCUUUAACUAAUGUAUAACAGCUUCUGGCUGUGCCAAGUAGUGCAGGUGGAUAUAACACAAAUUCAGUGUUAGUGAUUUCUGAAUUGAAGUUCAAAUUAAUAUUAGUAAUGAUUCAGACUUUCCGAAAAGCAAAAAUGAAUGUAUUCGGUAUGUGAGUUUUUCAAAAACUGUGUCAAAUAGAUUUAAAUGUGUACAACAGCUGGGACAGAGCUCUUAAUUUGUAUUUUUAUGAUGGUAAAUAGAUGUAGAUUCCUUUCUUGUUUAUUUUUGAGGGAAGUUAUCUUUAGCUAUUAUUCUGUUUGUUUUACAGUUCUUUUUUUCAGUAGUUUUUACCGAAUAAGAACAACGAAAACAGGUCAACAUUUGAAAAAGAGUCAAACAUACAACUUUUAAUUACAAACACAAUUUUUAACAAAAUUUUCAUGAUUUUGAUUUUGACUGCUGUCACCUGUUUUUUAUUUAUGUUUAUUUUUUGUGUGACAUUUUCUUCCUUGUGCACUAUUUGUAAGAUGAACCACAGUGCCAUUAAAAUGAUUGUCCUUUGA